UCCUCCCGGCAGCUGGUGGAAAUCAUUGAUGUCAACACAAUGACGCUUGGAAAGAUUUAGGCAAUUGAUUUGUAAGCAGUACUAUCAUGAGAGACUGUAGAAAGCUUUAGAGAUACAGGAACAGACAAGAUGGGAACGGAUACAGAUAUCCCUACUGAAAUUAACAUUGGCAUCAUGGGUCGCAAGGAAGAACUUGGUCCCUGGAAGAAGAGCACGGACAACAUCCGCGAUGUGUUUGACUUUGUGGAAGUGCUGGGAUCAGGGGCAUUCUCGGAGGUGUUCAUGGUGAAGGAGAGGGAGACGGGGAAGUGCUUCGCUCUGAAGUGUGUGAAGAAGAAGCACCAGAAGGACAACAACCUGGAGAAUGAGAUCGCCGUGCUGCGGAGGAUUAAGCACGAUAACGUGGUGGGCCUGGAGGACUUCUAUGAAAGUGACACUCAUUAUUACCUCGUCAUGCAGCUUGUUUUGGGCGGUGAGUUGUUUGACCGCAUCCUGGACCGUGGCGUGUAUACGGAGAAGGAUGCCAGCAAGGUGAUUCGACAGGUGCUCCAAGCGGUCGACUACCUGCACCAGAACAGCAUUGUGCACCGUGACCUAAAGCCAGAGAAUCUGCUGUACUACAGCCAAGAUGAGAAUGCCAAAAUUAUGAUCAGUGACUUCGGCCUUUCCAAGAUGGACGACCUCUGCGCCAUGUCCACUGCCUGUGGCACACCAGGAUAUGUGGCUCCUGAAGUACUGGCUCAGAAGCCUUAUGGCAAAGCUGUGGACUGCUGGUCUAUUGGAGUCAUCACAUAUAUCCUGUUGUGUGGGUACCCCCCUUUCUACGAGGACACAGAGGCUGAGCUCUUCUCUAAGAUCAUGAAGGCACAGUAUGAGUUUGACUCGCCCUUCUGGGACAACAUCUCGCAGUCUGCCAAGGACUUCAUCCGCAACAUGAUGCAGAAAAACCCCAACAUGCGCUACACCACUGAGGAGGCCCUCAGACACCCAUGGAUAAUUGGGCAUACAGCCAGGAGCCAGGAUAUCUACUAUUCUGUCAGUGUGCAGAUCCAGAAGAACUUCGCCAGGUCCAAGUGGAGACAAGCCAUCAAUGCCACGGUAGCCAUCAACCACAUGAGAAAACUAAAGAUGGCCAGUUCUGAGGCCUGCAUCAAACAGAAGGAGGGGUCUGAUUCAGCCAUCCACACCAUUGGUGCCCACUCCUCUGGCCCCGCCCAUGAUAACCCAGUUCCCAAGCACCAGGAGGACCAUGGGAAAGUGCAGACGGCUGACGUGGCUCCAUUGCCCAACGCCAGCGAGCCCAAGAGCCAGAGGACCUGCGUUAGCAAGCCGGUGCACGCCAACACUAUCGGAGAGACAAGCAGGGCCUCCCACCGCUUUGAGCUGGACUCCCAUGCCAUGGCCAAAAGCUGUGAGUCCAUCACCAAGUCUGCCAACAGGCAGGGCCAGGCCCUCCAGACUGGGGUGUGCUCCGUCAUGUGAACCAGCCCAGCUGCCUGCAUCAUGGGGGCUUUAGAGGUCAGACUGUUCCAACGGUGGGAGCCGGAAUGGCGUCUGUGCCAGCUGCCCGGGCAAGCCUGUGCCACUUAGUCAGGGGCUGUUUCCAUGGGGAUGGUCUAUCCGGAGGUGAAGGUCUGAGCCCAAAGGGUUUCAGGGGAGUGCCAAGACACACACACACACACACACACACUCACCCACUCCAUGUGUAUGGAGUUACAGACCCUUUGAAGUUGGUAACAGUGUAAAAGUGGUCUAGUGCCCUCUUGGAGUGAUCCCACUCCUGACUCCUUGUAUUUGAACACAAUGGUCCACAUUUCUUUUGUAUCAAUGUUACUAUAUUGACGCUAAAGCUCUAGGUAUUAAUACCAAAUGAUUUUAUAAUACAGUACAUUUUUCUGUGCACAUUCUCGAGUUGACAAUGUGUAUGUUGUGCUGCGCUUUGAUCAGUGAAUUGGACCUCCACACCAAUAGACCGACAGCAUACAUUAUAUUUAUAAUAAGCAAAGUGAUGUAUUAUUUUCCUGCUUUCGAGCAUUUUACAUGGACAGUAGCCAGACAGUAAAAUCUAUACUUUCUUACGCUAUGAACUGAAUAUGGGGAUUUUGAUAUUAUCCGAUCCUCAGUUCCUCUUGUAAUGCAGCUAGAGCUGUGUGUGUGGUUAAACUGCAUGGCCGCUGCAUUGUAGAGGUGGUCUGCUGAGGUUCAGAGGGGUGCUGCCAUUUUACCUGCCUGCUCACAUCUUGAAACUACUGUUAAAGAGAUUAUACACAGCAGUUUGCGUUCUGAGGGGCUCCUACGGCCGUUUCAGUGCUGCCCCCAUCAGAACUGUGCAGUGAUAGCCUGUGUCUGUAUUGUGAGAAUAUCAUAUGAAUUGUUUUUCUUUUGCAUUACCAAUAAAUACCUGAGUAUACACAG